UGUCCGAUCCAUAUUCUCAUUUUGAAUGAGUUCUAUGUGCACGCGGCUCUGCGUGUGCGCGUUUAUAUAUAUAUUAAAAAGAGCAUCUACGUUAUACAAAAAUAAGGUUAUAUCUAUAUUAUUACAAGGCACGCACACAAAAAUGGUACAUAUAUAUCGUUUACUUCCGUAAAUAAAGGCUUUCUAUUUUUUAUAUUUUCUGUUCUUGUUCUGAAAAGAGCCUACUAAAAAUAUAAUAAUGGAAAAAACAAUAAAAAAAAUUGAACAUCACUUAUUACUAAACAUUCCACUGUCAGAAAGUGGUAAUCAGUUGUACAAGGAAAAAGAAAUAAUUGAUGGUGAUUAUGAAUUGGUAUUUGGAGAGUUUUUUAUAGCAGUUGUUCUUCCUAUGAUGAACAAUGAUUUUCAAUAUUAUGUGAAUAAUUCUAUCAAUUCAAAUAAGAGCAGCCAUAAUGAGUGGUUUAAUAUUGGUGUUGGUUCACUUUUAUAUUUUAUUCAAAAUAAUUGGACUGGCCCUUUCAUAAAUGAACAAUUAGACAAUUUAUUACCACUCCAAAAAUUAGCAAUCACAAGUUUGUCAUUACAAGAUCAGUUGAAUGAAAAUAUUACAAAAAUUGAAUUAUUAUACCUUGCUAAGAUAAUAUUGGCCAAUGAACAACUCCAAAAAUCAUUUCCUAGUACUUUUUGGUGGCUAUUAAGAUCAAAUUAUAUUCACCAACUGAUUUUAGAAGAAGCUAGUGCAGUGCUUUUCAAUGAUUCCGAAAAUUUAAUAAAACAAAUUAUUGAAUCAAAUAUUGUAAAAGAUGAUGCUCUUAAAACACUAUUCAAUGUUGAAGUAGCUCAAUUUUAUUCAUAUUACACAAGAAUUCAGACUUCAGAACAAUAUUUGGAAAAUGCAUUGGCAACAGCUAAAUUAAAUUUGAAGCUUUUGGGUGCUUUGGGCAAACGUACUAAGUAUCAAGAACAAGAGAAACCACAGUUAUAUUUGAAACUCAAAGUAGACAAAGAAUUUUUUCCAUACAGAAAAUGUGAUAAAUUACCAAAAGUGAUAAAUUUAAGUGAUGAUUUACGUUUAGAGAAAAUAGAAUUUUCAGAAAAAGUCAAGGAAGUUGAACUAGGCAGUAUUGAAGAAACAGUAAUCAUGGCAAAAUGCUUUCAGUUGAAAGUAUCACAACCCAAGGAUGAGCUUACAGAUGAGGAAAUCAUAACAUACUUAAAUAGUAUAAUAGAUAACACUAAAAAUUGGUCAUUAAAAGUCUCAUCAUUAUACCAGCGCUGCUUAAUAGAGUCCACCCACAAAAGAACAAUUGAACGUUCUUUAUCACAAUUAGAAUAUUUGAUUGAACAACUUAAAUCUAAGAAAACUCCAGUUUCUUAUAGGAUGGAUCUAUUUUUUGCUAGUGGCAUGAAUUCGAUAUGGACUUUCAAACAGCAGUUGGCAAAUACAAUGUUCAAUCUUGGCAUGAUCAAAGGUGCUUUAGAUCUAUAUUUAAAUCAGUCUUUAUGGGAGGAUGUGAUUGUUUGCUAUACUGUUUUGGAAAUGAAACACAAAGCUGCCGAAGUAAUUAGACAACAAUUAGACAAGAAACCAACAGUUAAACUAUGGUGUUUAUUAGGUGAUGCAACUCAGGAAGUUCAACACUAUGAGACAGCCUGGAAGCUUUCAGGAGAAAAAAGUAGUCGAGUUCAAAGACAUUUGGGUUUUUAUUACUAUGCGAAACAACAAUAUACGGAAGCUAUUCCACAUUUGAAACUUUCUGUUGAAUUGAAUCACAUGCAAGAAAAUGUUUGGAUAAGAUUGGGGUUUGCUGCUCUGCAAAUUGAAGACUGGAAAUUAGCUGCUUCAUCUUACAGGAAGUACACUAGUCUUGAACAAUCAAGUUUUGAAGUUUGGAAUAAUCUAGCCAAAACCUAUAUAAAAUUAGGUGAUAAAUCACGAGCUUGGCGAGCUUUACAGGAUGCUAUCAAAUGCAACUUCGAUAAAUGGGAAAUUUGGGAUAAUCUCAUGAUCGUCAGUACCGACCUUGGGUAUUUUGGAGAGGUAAUCAGAUGUUACCACCGUAUAUUAGAUAUUAAAGGAGAGCACAUAGACAUUGAAGUCCUAACCAUCCUGUCUAAAGCGAUAAUAAAUAACUUGAACGAUGCUGAUAGAAAUCCAUCACAAAGAAAUCUUCAAAAAGCUUUAGAACUUUUUGGACGAAUAACUGCAUCCGUUUCGUCGAAUUCGGACAUCUGGAGACUGUAUGCAGAGCUUACUUUACAGAAAAACAAUGAGAUCGAUAAUCAAAAAGCAGCGCAAUACUUCCAGCGAGCUUACCGGGCAGCAGUUGCGGAUUCAAGGUGGUUCAAAAAUGUCAAAGAUGCUAACAAUGUUCUGGACACUUGCGUCAGAUUAGCUGAAGCAAAUUUAUAUAAUUUGCAUAACGUUGCAGUUGCCCAUAAACGAACAAUUCUAGGAAGCGCCAAACUCUCUCUACAAUCAGUCGUAAAGAAAAUUAAAGACUUGAAUUGGGAAGAUCAGUCUGGUAUUUUAGAAAAUUUGGAAAAAGUUGAGAAUAAGUUAAAGCUUAUUGUUGACGAAUUAGAAAAAUUGAAAACUACCUAGAGUACAGCUCAAA